CCCUCACAACAAUGGCAGAGGACACGAAGCCGACAGUCCCACCAGUAGAGCAGCAAGCAAGCAGCGAAAAUGCCGGCGGCAGCGACCGCCCGGCGAAGCGCCCAGCGGCCGACGACGAAGAGGCAGCGAUGAACGCCUCGUCGUCGACCGGCGGCGGCAACCAGGGCGAGAAGCGCGCGCGGUGGAGCGACAAGCGCGUGCAGCGCGGCAAGGGCCAGAAGCACGGCGGCGGACGAGACAAGCACGCGGGCCGGCAAGGCAAGUGGGACGACAAGCGGAAUGCCGAGGCGAGACUCGAGGCCAAGAGACUGCGCGACGAGGAGGCCGCGCAGAACGGCCAGCUUGUGCCGGCAGCUCCCGCCGAGGGCGAGGACGGAGAGGCAAAGGAGAAGCGCCUGCCGAAGAAGCGCGCGGCGGUGAUGGUGGGGUACUGCGGCACGGGGUACUCUGGCAUGCAGAUCCAAACCCACGGCUCCAAGACGAUCGAGGGCGACAUCUUCGACGCGCUGCACAAGGCCGGCGCGGUCUCGGACGAAAACUUCAAGGACCACAAGAAGGUCGAGCUGCAGCGCGCCGCGCGUACCGACGCCGGCGUGCACGCUGCCGGUAACGUCAUUUCGCUCAAGAUGAUCCUCAACCCGCCGCUUCCCGAGGGCUUUGCCACGCUCGCAGACUACGUCAACUCGUUCCUCCCGCCGCAGAUCCGCAUGUGGGGGCACGUGCGCACGAUGAAGUCGUUCCAGGCAAGGACAUCGUGCGACUCGCGCGUGUACGAGUAUCUCUUGCCGACGUACUGCCUCCUGCCGCCGGCGAAGACGGACGCGCUUGCGGGCGUGCUCGACAAUGUGUCGCCUGGCUGGCGGGAGGUGGUCGCCGCCGGCGCUGAGUUCGUCGACGCCGCGCCCACGUUCGAAGUGACCGACGACAACGGCGAGCUCGACCCCCGCCAGCGCGGCGAGUUUGAGCGCCGCCGCGGAUACCGCGUCGACAAGGACACGGUGGAGCGCUUCCGCGCGCUCAUUGCCGAGUACAAGGGCACGCACAACUUCCACAACUAUACCGUCGGACGGCCGUUCAACGACCGCAGUGUCAAGCGCUUCAUGAUCUCGCUCGAGGUGCGCGAGCCGGCAGUGUACGGCGACAUUGAGUGGCUCUCGGUGCGCAUCCACGGCCAGAGCUUCAUGCUGCACCAGAUCCGCAAGAUGAUCGCCAUGGCCAUGCUCGCCUGCAGGACGGGCACGCCGCCCAAGCUCCUGCCCGAGACGUUUGGCCCCAAGCGCAUCCACAUCCCCAAGGCGCCGCCGCUCGGCCUGCUGCUCGAGCAGCCCCAGUUCAAGACGUUCAACGAGCGCACGCUCCGCUUCCCGAAGGAGGACGGCAUGGAGCGCGAGAUUGUCGACUUCUCGCCGUUCGAGGGCCUCAUGCACGACUUCAAGGUCAAGUGGAUUUAUGAGAGACUGCGCGAGGUCGAGCUCGAGCAUAAUGUCUUCCACAAGUGGAACCGUCAGGUCGACUGCACUGGCUCCGAGCAGUUCUCGUACUUCAACACCAACGGUGUCAUCCCGCCCGAGGCGGUGGUGACGCUCACGAGCAAGAAGUAUGCCGACCCUCGUGCCCAGCCUGCCGAGGGGGCCGAGGGCGCCAAGGCCACCAAGGCCGAGUAUGAGAGCGACGACGAGGACGGCGAGAUUGACGCGGGCGCGCUCGCCCGUGGUGAGCUGGACAGCUAGGCGUGGGCGGAGUGGCGAUGCGGCAGCCUGGUAGUGCGGCAGCCUGGUAGUGUUCAUGUCCCACCUGUAUGUUACUCUGUCUUGGUGAG